UAUGAUGGAUUAGGAGUAAAGUAAGGAUUAAACUUAUAAAAUUUUUAAUGCAAAUGAACUUCAAAAAAGACAGAAUCUUAAAGAGAUUCAAUAAGAAUAGGAAUUAAUUUAAGAAAAUGCUAAUUAAGAUGAAGAUGAUUCCUAUGACAAUACAUAAAAAACAAUAUUUUCGAUUAACAAAAUUUCAACUCCUGUAAAUAAUUUAAAUCAAAGCAAAUCAGAACAACCAAAUAUCGAUAAAAAUUCAAAAUAAGAAAAAUAAAAAAAGAAUAAAUAGAGUGAAAAAUUCUUGGUUGAGGAUAUACAAAUACAAACAACUUAAUUCAAAAAAGUAUUUGAAAACUAAUUUAAAUAAGAAAAUUAUUAACUAUUUACAUAAGCAUAGGAAGAAAGUAAGUUAGUUUUAAAUCCGAUUAUGCCAAAAUAAGUUAAAAAUUAAUAGGAUGACAUUAAGAAUGUGAUUCUUGGUUUAUAUAGUAUCAACGAUAAUUAUAUUCCAGAUGAAGUUUUUAUUAGCAAAAUAUUAAACUAAAAUUAAUUAGAAAAAGAAUUAGGAGUAAAUAAUAAGGCAAUUUCAAUACAGUUAAAGGAAAGGCUAAACGGAUUUAGAAAAGUAAAGGAUGAUCCUAAUAGUCUUUUUGCCGCCAUUUCUUUUUAGUUUCUAGAAAAUGCUUUAAAUUAGCCUACCUUUAACUAAUUUUAAAAUGAAUUGAGUUGGAUUAAAACAAUAAAUGUAAUCAUUAAGAGUAGGUAAUUUUUGAUUGAUGAGAAAAUAUUUUAGAAUCAACAAAGCUAAUUUUUAUAGAUAAUGUUAGAAAUUUAUUAAAUGGAGAAGCCAGUUGACUAAUUAGAAUUAUUAAUGAAUGAUAGACAAAGCCUCUUUUAUGGGCUCUCUAUUAUUUUCUUUAGAAAUUUGAUAUCAUAAUUAUUAAAUACUUAAAAUGCUUAUGAAAAUGAAGAAGCAGAAGAGAUUUAGUAUUGGGAAAAUAAUUUACUCGAUGCUUAGAAAGUUUUUGAUUUGUUAUCAAAUAGGCUUAAUAUGUAUAUUUAUUGAUAAUAUUUAGUUAAAUUCACUAAUAUAAUAUCAAUAAAGUGAAAGGUUCAGUAGACAUUCAAAUUUAUGGAUAAGAUGAUGAUAAAUAAAUACAUUUACUUUGUUCAGAUGAGCAUUAUGAUAUUGGAAUUAGAAUAGACGAUUGA